UGCCACUUAUCAGUGCCAGUCAGUGCUGCCUAUCAGUGCUGCCAAUCAGUGCCACCUAUCAGUGCCACCUAUCAGUGUUAUUAGUGCCGCCUAUCAGUGCCACCUAACAGUGCCAGUCAGUGCUGCUUAUCAGUGCCGCCUAUCAGUGUCACCUAUCAGUACUGCCUAUCAGUGCCGUAUAUGAGUGCUGCCUUUCAGUGCCCUUCAGUGAUGCCUGUCAAUGCCCAUCAGUGCCACCUACCAGUGCCUCCUCAUCAGUGCCCAUCAGUGCCACCUAUCAGUGCAGCCUAUCAGUGCCGAUCACUGCUGCCUCAUUAG